AACCCAGUCUUUGCUUCCUUAAGUUACCCACUUCUGUGGACCUGAUCCCUGCUGCAAACCCCACAUCUUCUACCUGACUCUCCUACCUCCUCCCUUGCCUUGGACCCCAUAUUUGCUGCCCAAGCCCCAGUCCCUGCUACCUGAGCCUCAUCUUUUGUUACCUGAAUUCCCAUAACCGCCGUGGCCAGCAUCCUUGUUGCCUCCUGAAACCCCAGCCUGCUUUAAUGAACUCCCGUCUUUGCUGGGAACCCUGUACCCCUCUGGAGAGCCUCUCCUGCUUCUAUGAGCCCUUCUACCACAUACACCCUUGUUUCUGCUGGGACCUCUGGCAUCAGUAGCACCGUGAGCCCAGACAUUCCUCUCUGAGUCAUGACGGAUGCCAAGUAUGUCCUCUGCCGAUGGGAGAAGCGACUGUGGCCUGCGAAGGUUUUGGCCAGAACUGAGACUUCAGCAAAAAACAAGAGAAAAAAGGAAUUCUUUCUAGAUGUUCAAAUACUCUCACUAAAGGAAAAGAUCCAGGUUAAGAGCUCAGCCGUGGAGGCACUGCAGAAGUCACACAUUGAGAACAUUGCCGCCUUCUUGGCCUCUCAGAAUGAAGUCCCAGCUACUCCUCUGGAGGAGCUGACUUACCGACGGUCCCUGCGAGUGGCCCUGGAUGUCUUGAACGAGAGGACCAGUUUGAGUCCUGAAAGUCAUCCAGUCGAAAAUGGGAGCACACCAUCUCAGAAGGGCAAGCCAGAUGCAGAUGUGGCCUGGCAGGUCUCUAGUGCUCCUUCUCCAUCUUUUCUCAGUGAAGAUGAUCAGGCUGCGGCAGCCCAGUGUGCAUCCAAGAGGAGGUGGGAGUGCAGUCCAAAAAGCCUGUCGCCGCUGUCUGCCUCGGAAGAGGGUCUCAGGUGCAAAGUGGACCCCAAGACAGGCCUCUCAGAGAGUGGAGCCCUGGGGGCUGAAGUGCCUGCCCCCACUGGGGAUGAGUCUCAGGAUGGCUCUGGGUCACAGCUGGACCAUGGACAGGAGAGCACAACCAAAAAGAGACAGAGGAAUUCGGGAGAGAAACCUGCCCGGCGCGGAAAAGCAGAGUCUGGCCUUUCCAAGGGAGACAGUGUCGCAGAGAGUGGAGGACAGGCAAGCAGCUGUGUGGCCCUGGCUUCACCCAGGCUGCCCUCCCAAACCUGGGAGGGGGAUCCAUGUGUUGGGGUCGAAGGCUGUGACCCAGUUGAGUCAUCCGGCAACAUCAGGCCGCUUCUGGACUCUGAGAGAAGCAAAGGACGCCCCACAAAGAGGCCACGCUUGGACGGAGGCCGGAACCCACCGCCCAGACAUCUAGGAACCAGAACUGUGGGGGCAGUGCCCUCCCGUAGGAGCUGCUCUGGGGAGGUCACGACGCUGCGCAGGGCUGGAGACAGUGACAGACCAGAGGAAGCAGAUCCUAUGUCUUCAGAAGAAUCCACAGGGUUCAAGUCCGUCCACUCCCUGCUGGAGGAGGAGGAGGAGGAGGAGGAAGAGGAGGAACCACCCCGGAUCCUUCUGUAUCACGAACCACGAUCAUUUGAAGUAGGAAUGCUGGUCUGGCUUAAAUACCAAAAAUACCCAUUCUGGCCAGCCGUGGUCAAGAGUGUCCGGCGGAGGGACAAGAAGGCCAGUGUGCUCUUCAUUGAGGGCAACAUGAAUCCCAAGGGCCGAGGAAUCACCGUGUCGCUGCGACGGCUCAAGCACUUUGACUGCAAGGAAAAGCAUGCACUACUGGACAGAGCCAAAGAGGACUUUGCCCAGGCUAUUGGCUGGUGUGUCUCGCUUAUCACUGACUACCGCGUGCGGCUGGGCUGCGGCUCCUUCGCUGGGUCGUUCUUGGAAUAUUAUGCUGCUGAUAUCAGCUAUCCUGUGCGCAAGUCUAUCCAACAGGACGUCCUGGGGACCAGGUUUCCUCAGCUGGGCAAGGGGGACCCUGAGGAGCCUAUAGGGGACAGCCGGCUGGGACAGUGGCGGCCAUGCAGGAAGGUGCUGCCUGACCGCUCCAGGGCUGCCCGGGAUAGAGCCAACCAGAAGCUGGUGGAGUACAUCGUGAAGGCCAAGGGUGCAGAGAGCCACCUGCGGGCCAUCCUGCACAGCCGCAAGCCCUCGCGCUGGCUGAAGACGUUCCUGAGCUCCAAUCAGUACGUGACAUGCAUGGAGACGUACCUGGAGGAUGAGGCGCAGCUGGAUGAGGUGGUGGAGUACCUGCAGGGCGUCUGCCGAGACAUGGAUGGUGAGAUGCCUGCGCGCGGCAGCGGCGACCGCAUCCGUUUCAUCCUGGAUGUGCUGCUGCCUGAGGCGAUCAUCUGCGCCAUCUCGGCAGUGGAGGCAGUGGACUACAAGACAGCCGAGCAGAAGUACCUCCGUGGCCCCACACUCAGCUACCGGGAAAAGGAAAUCUUCGACAAUGAACUCCUGGAGGAGAGGAACCGUCGCCGUCGCUGAUGCCGCAGUCUCCACCUGGCCAGUGCCGUGUCUGUGGCCUGCCAGAGGCCUGUGAGAAUGUGCUAGAAGCAAGAGGCCUAGUAGUGUGCUGACUGAUCUGUGCAUGGGUUCUGCGUCUUCAGCCCUGAGCCUGGGAGAUCAGAGGCCAUCUUCACACUAGAAGACUGCUGCAUCUAUGAACAGCUGCUUCUGGAAGUUUCUGUGUGUGUACGCGUGUAUGUUUGGUUUUAUUUUUUUAAUUAUUAUUUUGUUUAUAAAUGCGUUUGAAUGCACAUGUGUCAUGGUCAUUGCAGUGUGGCUGGCAUGUUCGCUUAGGUCUUAUGUUGCUUGGUGUGUCAACCCUACAGAGUUUCUGGAAAGACUGAUUUGAACACACAGUUCCCAGAGCAUUGA